ACGCGACAGAACCCCCGUCCCCGUCGGCGGAACACUUCUCUCUGUUGCCGAAACACGACCGGACUUUAAGUGUGUUUUUUGGUCCCUGGCAUCACCGCCCACUGAUUCCCAUCGAGAGACGGAAUCCCCGCGGUGCUUGUGCGUCCCUCCUGAGAGCCGUCGGGGUCUAAAGGACGCAUAGGAGCCGUCUUUUGGACUGCUGUGUGAAAGCGUUCAGACCGAGGGACCGCGGGAAAAAUGGAACUACUUCCUGAACAAUGAAGCGUUGGCGCCACCCCAACAGCCCUGCAUCCAGCACAGGAACCAUCACAGCACCCCACCACGGCGCCCCGGUCCCAAUCUCACCCCGCAGCGGAGACGAGAGGUUUUGACAGCCCUGUCCCAGGGCAGGACUCCAGCUCAGGACCAGGACUGCUUGGCUCCAGCCCUGGCCUAAAUGUCAUUGUUUUCAUGCUCCAGGGCUCCGUUGUGAAUCAUGGGGUCCCAGCGUGGACUCAGGCCCGGCUAUGGAGGUUGAAACGAGGGUUUAUUCUGAAUAUCGGGGCCCUUCUGGGUCGUUGUUACAUCUCAUUGUUCGGGGUUAUUACGCAGCAUCGGGUUACUGAUGGUAAUAACCGGGGUGGAAUCUGAAUCUGCUCCAUUGUGUGACGAUAGAGACUUUAAACAUAGUAUCCUAUGAAGAGUCGUACUACACUCCUUUUAAGGCCUGAAAUGAAUUAGAAAGUAAUUCACAGUCGGCUAUGUUGCUAUUUGUGGACAGAUCUUUAUAUGCUGUUGUUAUAUAUUUCUCUUUUGAAACCACGUUUCAUAUUGAUGUUGUUUUUAUUGUUAUUGUUAGGAACUUGCCAUAACGUGAGUGAGUCCUGGUCAGGAUUAGAACAAUGGAUCCCCUGUAUGACGAAGAGUAUGAUGCCAGUGGUGCUCACAGCCUCUUGACCCAGGACUGUGAUGAGGAAUCCAUGGACAUCUACUCUGGACUGGGUGACACUCCCACCCACACCACAGAGAUUCCUUCCAUGCUGUUCUCCCCGCGGCUGAAGGCGUCCAUGGAUCUCUACGAAGAGAUCCUCACGGAGGAAGUGAGGAGUAAGGACUCGUCGUUUGAAGAGCUGAAGAGCCGGUUCCUGGCGGCUCAGAUCCAGAUCGAGGAGCUACGCAACAGACUGACGGCGACAGAGACGCAGAACACGGGCCUGAGCACGGAGAACCUGCGGCUCAAGAAGAACAUCUCGGCGCUCCUGAAGACCGCCCGGCAGGAAGUGCUCCGGAAGGACGAGGAGAUCAAGAGGCUGAACCAGAGUGCCGGGAUGAAAACGUACAAUCCACGUGGGAACGGCCAGUGGAGGACCUUCCCAAACCCCCACGCCAACACACCUCCACCUGUACCUGUACAGGCCCCGCCCCGCCCUGGGCCCGGCGACGCCCCUUCACCCAUCGCCCCCACCGCUAGAACAGCUGCUGCACCUGCUGCCACACCCCCCUACCCUCCUCCACCCCAACACCGGCCCGGCAGGACCUCUUCAGCCGGUUCCUCCACCUCUGCACCGCCCGCUCCCUCACCGUCACAUGCUUUGCCCCCGCCUCAAGCGAGAAGGACCUCUCUGACCCGUUCCUCCGCUGCACCGACCGCCCCCCUACACCCUCCCACGCCCCACCCUCGGGCCAGCAGGUCCUCCGCCGCCGCCGCCGCCGCCUGUAGACCCCCCGCCCCCCCCACAGAAACUGCUCCCCCUUCUCUGCCCCGGCCGCAUCAAAGCAAGACCCCGUCAAGCCUCUCCGCCACGUGUACGCCGCCCCCUCCACCCACAAACCCUGCUCCACCCAAACGUCGACCAAGCAGGACCUCCUCCAGCACCAGCUCUCUCUCCUGUCGGCCCCCCGCCCCACCCACAGAAUCCCCUCUUCCUGCUCCGUCGCAAUCUGGUCUUGGCAAGAGGUCGUCAAGACUCUCCUCUUCGUCUGCACCCCCAGUCGACCCUCCUCCUCCUCCUCCUUCACUUCCUCUGCCAAAGCCAAUCAGGACUUCUUCAAGAAUUUCCACGAGUAAGGAACCACCUCCACCUCCUCCGCCAACACUGGACCCUCCUCCACCUCCUCCACCCACACUGGACCCUCCUCCACCUCCUCCACCCACACUGGAUGCUCCUCAACCUCCUCUACCAAUAGCGGACUCUCCUCCACCUCCUCCACCCACACUGGAACCUCCUCCACCUCCUCCACCCACACUGGACACUCCUCCACCUCCUCCACCCACACUGGACCCUCCUCCACCUCCUGCACCCACACUGGACCCUCCUCCGCCAACACUGGAGCCUCCUUUGCCAACACUGGAGUCUCCUUUGCCAACACUGGAGUCUCCUCCACCUCCUCCACCCACACUGGAGCCUCCACCUCCUCCACCCACACUGGACCCUCCUCAACCUCCUCUACCAACAGCGGACUCUACUCCACCUCCUCCUCCAACAGCUGACCCUCCUCCACCUCCUGUCCUCCACCCUCGAGCCCCCUCCCCACUGAGGGAGGACGUCCGUCCAGAGUCCUUCCCUCCACCGCCCCCUCCAGAGGAGGUCAGCGACCCGGCCGCCCAGCGACCCGACACCACGUGUCAGGAGGCGGGCCGAUCGAAGCGCCCCGCCCACGGCCGUCCCACACGUUCUUCGAGUUCGGAUUUGGAGGCGAGGGUCAAACCCCAGCAGGUGGACCGCCAGUCCUCCUGGGAGGUACCCGCAGAACUCUGUGAGCUGGACACGCCGAGACCGUCGAAGCACAAAGAGCCAGAGCCCAGAAGCCAAACGCGGUCGCAGCCCACGGAGAAGAGGCUCAAGUCCGGUCCAGAGCCCGGGAAGGAUUGUGAAACGGAUCCUAGAAACCGAUCUCGCAGGGCCGAGAAGGAGAGCCGGACGAAACACCGCAGCCACAGAUUACUGAAGAGCAGCCGUUCUCAAGAGGCUGAAGAAGAGCACCACCGCUCGGAGAGCGGGGAGAGCCCCAGCUCGGGGGGUCUGGACCGGAGGCAAGACAAAGCAGAGUCCAAUCACAACGGCGCAGAACUGAGAGAGUCUCGGUCGAGGGACUCGGUGCGAGAGCCCAGGAAGGAGAAGCACGGCGACCGGACCGGCGAGAAGAGGGCGAGCGGCGGCAGUCGAGACCGAAGGAACGCUGCGCCGAAGCAGCACGCCGACGGAGCUGGGGAGACCUCCAGGAGGAAGGGCGACAGAGCCGACCCCUCCGGAGACGACCGGAGGAAGACCGAGAGGCGACGGGAGGACGAGAGCGGGAGACGGGAGAGAAGAAGCGAGAAGCACAAAGACUCGGACAGGAAUAGGCGGAAGGACGAGGGGAGGAGGAAAGCGGAGCUACGAGGAGGAGAGAAGUCCACCAAGGAUUUGGAGAAGGCUUCGGAGGAGGAGGUCAGCGUUCCCGCCGGGACGCAGUGUCCCACGGAAAACAGUCCGAACAGGAAGCUGUGCUUCAUGGAGACCCUGAACCUUACCCUCUCGCCGGUUAAGAAACCUCUGAGCCAACAGGGUCAGGCCGAUGGCGAAGAAGAGGAGGAGGGAGAAAUCCUAACCAGAGAGGAUGAAGAUCAGCCCAACCUCGAAGAUUUUUUAGUCCUAGACGAAAUAGAGAGCAGCAUGACUGAAAUGGAGAUCGACGACGACAAGCAUAACCCAACGCCCUCGUCAGCUGUACAGACAUCUACACAGGGGAACUGGGCCACAGAGAACUGCAAGGAAGACCAAAGUCUGAGGACCACCGAGACCGGAGUAGUGGCGGUCAGCGGGCGACCAGAGGUCCCUCCUGUACCCAGUCCCUCAGCAGGCGUCCUCCCUGAGGCUGAAGAAGGCACGGAGGCUGGUGGACCACCUCUGAAACGUCCCGUCGCGGCCAAGGAAAGCAUUGUGGUUUCAAAACGACCCGCCGAAAACAGGCAGUGCCCCUCCCCCAACGAUCCAGUCGUGGUGGAAAUGUCCGAAACGUUGAAUCUUGGCAGGGUUGAGCUGGUCCGCAUGUCAGAAGACGGCAAGGGCAGCCCUUCACGAAACAGCAGGCCUGGGAAUCUCUCUGAGGUUAUAGAACCAGCUGAACCCACGGUUCUCCACUCAGAACCGGACUUACAAGAGAGUCCGUCUACAGCGCCCGUGGAGUAUAAGAAGCUUUCCGGCCCCUGUCCACUCCCCGGUGCUGAGGAAGUUAAAGAAACUGUUCUCCUCUCUCCAUUAACCAGUCCUGUUGCUGAGAAAGUUAAAGAAACUGUGCUCCUCUCUCCAUUAACCAGUCCUGUUGCUGAGGAAGUUAAAGAAACUGUGCUCCUCUCUCCAUUAACCAGUCCUGUUGCUGAGGAAGUUAAAGAAACUGUGCUCCUCUCUCCAUUAACCAGUCCUGUUGCUGAGGAAGUUAAAGAAACUGUGCUCCUCUCUCCAUUAACCAGUCCUGUUGCUGAGGAAGUUAAAGAAACUGUGCUCCUCUCUCCAUUAACCAGUCCUGUUGCUGAGGAAGUUAAAGAAACUGUGCUCCUCUCUCCAUUAACCAGUCCUGUUGCUGAGGAAGUUAAAGAAACUGUGCUCCUCUCUCCAUUAACCAGUCCUGUCGUUGGGGAAGUUAAAGAAGCGGUGUCUGGCUCUCGUCCAAUCAGCAGUUCCGUUGUUGAUGUGGUUAAAGAGGCGGUGUCUCUCCCCUGUCCAAUCCCACGCCCUGUGUGUGGAGAAGUUAACCAAAGCGGGGUUUGCCUUUCCCCGAUGACCGGUCCUGUGUCCGAAGGAGUUCACCAAACCACGUCCACGCCCCGUCCCCUAAAGGAACCUGUUCCUGGAGCAGAGGACGGACGGGCGCCCAGCCCCUGUCCAAUCACACGGCUGCUCGCCGGCGCAGCCCAGGGGAAGGUCCGCCCAGAGGGUCUGCCGAGCCCACCCAACACCCGGCCCCCCCCCAGGGCUCCGGCCUCCCCACCCGGCGGGGGGGAGGGGGAGCGUCGGGGGGGCAGUCCCAAGGGUUCGGACGCGGUGUCCAGCACCAUCACCCUGGAGGCCCUCCCCCCCGGCGACAUCAGCCUCCCCGAGGCCAUCUACGCCCUGACGCACGCCGACGCCGCCGACGGCGGCGGCGGCGGCGGCGGCGGCGGCGGCGGCGUCUCGCCCGGCGAGCCCGGGUCCACGCCGGGCUGCGUGGGCGUGUCCAAGGUGAGCAGCACCACGGAGGACCUGGCGUUGCCGGGGCGACGGGAGAGCGCCCAGGAGCGCACGCCACUGAAGGGCUACGGGUUCUGUGCGCGCCGCGGCGCCGGCGCCGGCGGGGCCGAGCCGUCCAGCUCGCGGCCGGCGCUCUACGACGAGGACUCCAUGAUGCUGACGCUCAGGAACCUCCGCAGCAUCCCGGACGUCAUCAGCCCCCUCCGGAGCCCCAUGCCGCCGGCCCGGAGGCUCCCGGGCCCACCCAGCGGCACCAAGCCCCCCCACGUCAAGAGCCUGCAGAGAGAUUUCUGCGGUUAUGGGAUCUUCCAUUCCCUGAAACCGAACCCAAAGAAGGAGACCCCACCCCCCAAGGCCCCGCCCCCCGGACCCCCAGCGACCUCUCUGAGGCCCCCGCCCGGCCCCUCCGAGGGGCCCUCCCCCACGUCCAGCGACCUGGAGGAGGGCGAGAUACUGAGCGACAGCAACGAGGCCCCCGCCGACACACCCCCGCCCCCGCCCCCGCCCCCGGGCCCCAAACCCACAGGGCCGGCCGCCGCCAACAAGACCCCCAAACCCAGCCCGCGGCCCCCGCCCCGCGCCGCCAAACGGAGGUUACUCCUGACAGGCGUGGGCGGAGCUCCGGCCCCCUCCACGCCCAGCCCGUCGUCCGGCAAGAGCCGGUUUAAGGCGGUGUGUCCCGCCGCGGAGCAGGCGGCGCUCCGCAGCGCGGCGGAGGUCAUGGACGCGCUGAAGACGGUCCGCCUCCAGAUCCGGAAGAAGUACAUGAAGCUGCACAAGGUGUUCCCCAAGAAGAGCUUCUACGCCAUGAUGGACCACUUCCAGCAGUCCUUCGUGGAGUACGUGGAGAACGCCGCGUUCGGGGGGAUCAGCGGCCAGGCGGGGCCGCUGAAGGCCCGGCUCAGGAAGCUGGUGGCGUCGGUGUUCGUCAAGGUGAUGAACAACGGCAUCGUCAACCGCAUCUUCGACCAGCAGGCCGCCAACCUGAAGCGCCGCCUCUGGGACUUCGUGGAGGUCCAGCUGGACUACCUGUUCCUGGACAUCGAGAAGGCCCUGGACACCUUCUGCACGCCGGCCGAGACGCCCCCGCCGGCCGGGGAGGAGCCCCCGGCCGUCCGUCCCAAGAACGGGAAAAUCCCCAAGAAGUCCCCGGUGCGCGCGUCCCCGGUGCGCGCGUCCCCGAAGAGGAGCGGCAGUCCCAAACAGACGCGGCCCCAGAGGCGGAUCAAACCCGGCCCCGUGGUGCCGGCCAGGACCGGCCUGGGCCGCGGGAAGGACAUCCGGAUCAUCUGCACGGAGCGCCGGGACGCCGACGCGGCGCUCCCGCCCCGCGGCGCCCCUCUGUCCCCGGACCGGGGCCAGCGGGGGGGGUCCCUGCUCCUGUCCCACGGCGCCCAGGACCGCUCGGACUACGACAUCCUGACGGAGCAGCAGGCGUCCAGCCUGACCUUCAACCUGGUGCGGGACACCCAGAUGGGGGAGAUCUUCAAGUGCCUCAUGCAGGGCUCGGACCUGCUGGACGCCAGCGGCGCGGGCGGGGGGGACCACACCUCCUGGUCCCUGAGCACCCCCAGGAAGGAGGGCGCCCCCGGGGACAGCCUGCUCGGCCUCCCCUCUCCCAGCAAGUUCCUCUCCCCGUCCAAGUUCGCCUCGCCGGGGAAGUUCGCGACUCCGACCAAGUUCGUGACGUCCCCGUCCCGGCUGGCGGGGGCGUGGGCCGGCCUGCUGUCCCCCGGCCGGCUGUGCUCCCCGCAGCCCAAGCUGCUGCGCAUGCCGCUGCACCCCUCCAUGUUCGACGAGAGCUGCCUGCUGGAGCUGCCGUCGGGCAGCGGGGCGGCGGCGGCGGCGCAGCGCUCGUACGCCCUGCUGGCCGAGGACCUGGCCGUGUCGCUCACCGUCCCCUCGCCGCUCAAGUCGGACGGCCACCUCAGCUUCCUGCAGCCGCCGCGCACGCUGGACAUGAUGUCCACGCCCGAGAGCGUCAUCAGCGCCCACUUCGGGGAGGACGCGCUGCUGGACGGCGAGGACGCCUGGGAGCAGCAGGACCUGCACCUGGCGCUGGACACGGACCACUCCGACUCCAGCCGCUGCUCCUCCGGCGCCUCCACCCCCGCCGCCGCCGCCGGGGCCGGGGCCUCGCCCGCCUCCAUGCUGUUCCAGUUCAAGCCCCACCUCCCCAUGCAGGCGGAGGUCAUGGAGCGCUCCAACGACCACUUCGUCAUCAAGAUCCGCCAGUUCGCCGCCGCCGACGUCACGCUCACCACAGACGACGAGGCCACGCCCACCGGCGACGAGGCCACGCCCACCGGCGACGACAGCCUGAGCCGGACGCUCACGGAGGAGGCGGAGCCGUCGGCCCCCACCAGGGCGGAGCCCGUGCCCCGAGCGCUCUUCCUAGAGAAGAGUUUUGCGAAGCCGCCCAGGCUCCUCCCCAAAAGGCAGAAGGCUCCGCCCCCGGAGGAGACGGCCCCGGCCGAUCCGGGGACUCCGCAGAAGGAGGCGGAGCCCGGCGUCGAGGGGCCGCCGUCCCGGCCCCCGGACUCGGCCUCGUCCGCCGACGAGAUGGAGGAGUCGACGGCGUCGGAGGGCCGCCUCGCCAUCGUGGAGGACGGCAGCGGCGGCAGCACGCCAGCGCGGGGGGCCCGGGGCGCGGCCGGCAGGAAGAGGAGGAGCCACCAGCAGCAGAAGAAGACCAGCGCCAAGCGGGCCAGGAAGGAGGAGGAGGAGGGGGGGCGGGGCCGCGGGAGGCGGAGCAAGCCGGUCGCGGCGGCGGCGGCGAACCCCCGAGUCCGGGAGCCCCGGGGCGCCAAGCGGAGCGGGGGGGCGGGCUCUCCCCCCAAGACGCCCCCGUCCGGCCUGUCCGCCAAGAACCUGGUGAAGAAGAAGGGGGAGGUGGUGGUGGCCUGGACCAGAGAGGAGGACCGCUCCAUCCUCCUGGACCUGAAGACCAAGGGCCCGUCCCGAGAGACCUUCUCCGUCCUGUCUGAGAAGCUCCACAAGACCUCGGCCCAGAUUGCAGAGAGAUUCUCCCAGCUGAUGAAGCUGUUCAAGAAACAGGAGAAGAGAACCUCCCCUUGACCCCCUGCUGGACUUAUUAGAUCCAGGGCUGUGUACGGAUGACCGUACACAACCCUGGAUCCUCCAAGGAGCCCAGGCAGGCUUGAAGGACCUCUGGUUCUUAACCCGCGCUGGUGGGGGAUCAGGAAGCCUCAGAGUCCUCACAGUGGACCGUUCGGAGGCCUGGCUGGGUGGCUAGGUGUGAAAGGGCCCGCUUAAAGGGAACGGUGCAUUGAUUAAAAGCUGUUUACACCUCUAAUGAGGCUGUAUCAAACUAAUGGGGACCGCUUGUGGGUUUGGGGGCGGGGUAUUUUGGUCUCUGAGGUGCCCCAUCAAGGAGGAAGGACUUUUAAACCAUUAAACAUUACAAAAACUGCCGAAGUACAUUCACCUUCAUCUUAACCCUUUGAGAGUUUGAGUUUAAGUCUACGGUCAAUUGAUUUGACUUGAUACUGGAUUGAAAUCCUGAUUAUUAUUAUUUUUGCCAAAAGUCGCACUCACUACAUGACAUGAGAGACUUGGGACAAACUGAGUGAUUGGCUGUUUGAGGCGUGAACUUAAUUUAGUCGGUUUAUUAAAAACGACAUGUUUUAGGUGUGGAGGUUGCUGUGUAAUGAAUUGCUCCGGAGCUUGGUUUGUUUGAAGGAGUUGAAAUGUUUAAUUAUCACUAUAGCUCAUUUAUAUGUCCCUAUAAAUAUAUCGUUUUCCAUCUUGUGUGAAAACGACAGACAUGGAAUACAAUGACAUCAGUGUGAAUAUUGUACAUAAUUCUUAACGGAAAAUAAAGUUUUAUUUAUU